AUGACGUUACUGGAUGAACAGGUGAAAUCGGAGCUCACCAAGAUGCAAGCCUUCAUCGAGAAGGAAGCUAAGGAAAAAGCCAAGGAGAUCAGAUUAAAGGCAGAUGAAGAAUAUGAAAUUGAGAAAGCAUCAACAGUAAGAUUGGAGACAGCUGCAAUUGAUUCUACUUAUGAGCAGAAGUUGAAAAAAGCCAGCUUGGCACAGCAAAUUACAAAAUCCACUAUUGGUAACAAAACAAGGUUGAGGAUCCUUGGGGAAAAAGAUCAAGUGUUAAACGAAGUAUUUGAAGAAGCAGAGAAGGAAUUGAAAAAGAUUACUGAUGACAAGAACAAGUACAAGCCUAUUUUGGUAGGGUUGAUUGAAGAAGGUGUAUUGGCUUUGCUAGAGGAGAAAGUCUCCAUCAGAGUUAGAGAAAAGGACGUAGAGUUGGCGAAAGAGGCAGCAAAAGAAGCAGCAAAGAAUUUCGAAGAGAAAUCCAAGACCAAAGUCGAAAUCACUGUGGACGAUAAGGAGUUCUUAUCCAAGGACAUUGCCGGUGGUGUAGUCGUCACCAAUGGCAGUGGCAAAAUCGACGUGAACAACACUUUGGAAGAAAGAUUAAAGAUUCUUUCCGAAGAAGCCUUACCUGCUCUUAGACUAGAGUUGUUUGGUCCAUCUAAGACCAGAAAGUUCUUUGAUUAA